UUCGUCUCGAACUUUCUACACACUCUCUCUCCUCUUUCCAUUUCCCCUUCCCCACGCACUCACGUCCUAUAAAAUCUCUACAAAUGCGACUUAUCUAAUCAUCAAAAAUCAGAUCAAAAGCUAUUGUUAUCUGUGUUUUGUUGCGCGCUCUGAAAAUGGCUUCGUCAAUUGCUCUCAGGAGACUCGCUGGUUCAUCACUCCUCAGCAGGCUUAGCAACCCUAUCCGCUCUGCUUCGGUCCUUCGUUCCUUCAACACCAACGCUCAGAUGACCAACUACGACGACGACGACCGGAGCAUCGACGUCGAUCGCCGCUCCGACCGUGGAGUCUCUCGCCGCCGCGAAUCUGUUCCUGGCUUCUUCUCAGGUAAUGUGUUUGAUCCACUUUCUCCAACAAGAAGCUUGAGUCAGAUGCUGAACCUAAUGGACCAGAUGAUGGAAAAUCCAUUCCUGGCAGCGUCUCGUGGAAUGGGAGCUGGAGCUGGAUCGAGGAGAGGAUGGGACGUGAGAGAGGACGCGGAUGCUCUCCAUCUGAGAAUGGACAUGCCCGGUCUGAGCAAGGAAGACGUGAAGAUAUCUGUGGAGCAGAACACUCUGAUCAUCAAAGGAGAAGGCGAGAAGGAAUCGGAGGAAGACGAGUACGGCCCCAGGUACUCCAGCAGGCUGGAUCUCCCUCCCGAUCUCUACAAGCCCGAAGAAAUCAAGGCUGAGAUGAAGAAUGGGGUAUUGAAGGUUGCGGUUCCCAAAGUGAAGGAAGAGGAGAGGACGGAUGUGUUUCAGGUUAAGGUGGAAUGAAUUUAGUCUAUCAAAAUGAUGAACGGUGUUGGUGUAGUGGUUUAGGGGUUUUUGGUGUCCUGGUGUUUUGAUGAAUAAACGAUCUUGAUGAGUAUAGUAAUUUCUAUUUCUGACUGAAGUUUACAGUGAAUGAGUUGUUUUUGAAAAAAAUUUAUUCGUUUAGAGAAUGUUUGAACUAUCUACUCUA